AUGGACCGUCUUUCGCAAAUAACCUCCCACCUGAACUACCCCCACGGCCUGCUCGCCAACCAAGUCGCCAUCAUCACCGGCGCAGGCCAAGGCAUCGGCGCCGAAACCGCCCGCUUGUUCGCCAACGAGGGAGCAAAGGUGAUUAUAGCUGAUAUAGACGGAGAAAAAGCCACCGCCGUCGCAACCUCCAUCAACGCAACCCACAACAGUACUACCCCCCGGGCACUCGCAGUCCCCGGCGACAUUCUCAACGACGCAUACAUCGAAGAACUCGUCACCAAGGCUGCGGACUUCGGUGGUGGGAAAAUCCAUAUCGUUGUCAAUAAUGCAGGGUUUACUUGGGAUGGGGUUAUACAUAAGAUGACAGAUACCCAAUUCAACACCAUGCUGGCCAUCCACGCGACAGCCCCAUUUAAACUCAUCCGCGCGGCAGCAAAAUACUUCCGCGUGAAGGACGGCGAACCCCGCGUUGUGAUUAAUAUUAGUAGUACCAGUGGGGUGCAUGGGAAUGCAGGUCAAGCCAACUACGCCGUCGCGAAAGCAGGUAUAACCGGACUAACCAAAACCAUUGCGAAAGAAUGGGGUCCUGCGUUUGGUGUGAGGGCGAAUACCAUCGCGUUUGGAUUCGUGAAUACCCGGUUGACUGCGGCCAAGGAGGACGGGGCGUUUAUUGCCAUGGCGGAUGGGACGAAGGUCGCGCUGGGGAUUCCGGGGAAGCAGUUGGAUAGUAGACGCACUGGAGGUGGAGCAUCUACUGAGCAGAAGAAGAAGGGUCCUGAGUAUCCUGAUAUUCCACUGGGACGGCCGGCUAGUCCGGAGGAGGCGGCGAGGGCGGUGUUGGGAGUGGCCAGUCCGUUGUUUUCGUAUCUAGGUAUUGAUCUAUGA